AUGUUCCAGCAGUACAGAAUCAACACCAAAGGACUUGAGGAUAGGCGGGGAGGUGUGUUCCCCUCGGCAGUAUUCCUCGUCCAUCAAGGCAGAGCCCACGAAGACUUCGAAAAGAGCAUCCUAGAGCAGAGGUCUCAGGAUGCCCCUUGGGUGUGGUCCAGUGCCCCCAAGGCCACGAGUAAUGACAGAUGGGCCCAGUGGAGACUUACCAAUGCGAUCAACAAUCAGUUCUACAGAAUGUACCACAAGUACAACACGGCCACAUUCAAGAUACGUCGUUAA